CCGGCCGCACACGCCUCCCUCUCCUCCUGCCCACCCUCCGUCCUCGGCCGGACCUCGGAACCCGCCGCCACCGCCGGACCGAUCCCAGCCCGGCCAUGAAGGGUCUCCURCGUGGAGGAAUGUUCUCCCGGCAUGUCAAACGGCACCCCGGAGUGAGUGACCCCGGCCCCCCGCUUCUUCCAGGGACCCCCCAUCCCUUUCCCGGAGCCCCCAUCCCUUGUCCUUGCCCAUCUCUCGCCACAUUCCUGAAGCCUCUGGGUCCUUUUCCUUCCAUCCCAUCAUCCCUCUUCCAAUUCCUUCUGUUCUCCGUGUCCUUCGUCAGCCUCCUCUUCCUCCCRCUCCCCAAAAUCCUCCUCAGCCCCCCAGUUUUGUGUCAUUCCAUCUUCCCCUUCCCACUGUCCUCUCGUUGUCACAGCACCCUCGGGGUAAGCCAGGGGUCCUGGGGGUCCCCAAAAUUCUUUCACCAAGGGAAACGGUGCCGGCAGCAGAUGGUCACGGAGGUGCUCGGCAGCGAUCAGAGGGCUCGGACUGCCCCUUUCCAUCGCGUUUUCCACUCGUGGUCCCCCCCUCCAUCACCAGUGGGGAAACUGAGUCACGGAGCGCUGGGCGCGCAUCUCGGGGGGCAYUUUGGCGGAGCUGCGGCUGCCGAGCGGAGCCGCAAACAGAGCCGGGUGUCGGCGAUGAGGCUCGGCGCGGAUCCGCCGGCACCUCCCGCUGCCGUUAAUGGGCAGAACGCGGCUCUCUCCCAGGGGCACGGGCUGGCGCCGGGCUCAUUACGCUCCCCGCGUCCUCUCCAKCGCGGGGGCCGCGGCAAUUUGGGGGAGGUCAAAGCCGCCUCGGCUCGGCUCCGAUUGAGGCCGCGUCGCUCCGGGCACAGGGGGAUUGGCAAGAGCGAGCGGAGCGGGAGCGGAGAUGAGGAGAUGGAGCCAAGGUGCGGUGAUGUCACUGUCACCCCUCACAGCUGGGACCGGAAGAAUAACCCUGAACCCUGGAAUAAGCUGAGCCCYACGGACCAGUAUAAAUUUCUGGCAGUUUCCACCGAUUACAAGAACCUCAAGAAGGAGCGUCCCAGCUUCUGAGCCACCUCUGGGAUGUCCCCAAAAACCCCCUCGUGGACUCCCCAGCGCCACCACAGCCACCGCACACAGAUCCCACUGCUCCCCCAGCACCCCCAAACCGCGUGGAUGUGUCCCACCCCACAAAAAACCACAUCCCUGUGGGUUCCCCUGCACCCCCCACCCUCAUCCAGUGCCUGCAUGGAAUUCAGGACAAUAAUAAAUGACAGAGGG